AUGGUCGGUGUCACACACGAAUUCAGUCCUAGCAUCAGCGAAGAGAAAUUCGCUUGGACUUAUGACAUGGACCAAUGCUCAACGACAUCGUCGCCUAUUCCGACACAGGGGACUCAGGGAUUUCGACCAAUCAAUGUCACAAAGCCUUUCUACGCCAGGGAGCUCAGCAAACCCAGCUCUCCUUUCAUCGUCGAUCUCACGAACGAUGCCACAGAUGAUUCCGACGACGAUGGUAACAAAAAUGGCCACGAUAACGACGUUGAAGAAGGCUCCCAAGCCGGCGCGCCGUCCGUAACAGGCAAUACUCUCAGUGAAGUUCACUUCACGAAGGACAGUAGCCCGACGAGACAACAUGUAGAUUACCUACUGGUCACCAACACGUCUAUACUUGACGACAAACAGUCCGGAGCUUACGUCGAAGAUAUUGGGGAGCUCCGCAGAAUGAUUGAUAGCAUGCACGAGAGGCUCCUGUCCCUAGAGCGGCGUGAACGCGGAGCUCCUUCUAAGAACUCAAAUCAGCUUCCACAACCAAGACCAAAGCGCAUCAAACGGGCAGGACGCAGAAGACCGAGACCAUAUUCAAUCUCAGACCUAGAUAUCCAGGAUAUCGAGCUCAGCAUCCAAGCAGAACGAAUCAUCAUCUCACGAUGCUGCGAGAUAGUGGAAUACACCUGGGAACACCCUCGACGCAGGGGGGAGAAGUCGAGCAAACGGCAGUGGAAAGCGGUUCUCCCGGAGGGCAGAGAAAUGGUCCACGGGAGGACUCUUCUGGCACGUACGGGUGUGGUUAUCUGCGUUCGCGUGAAGCAAGAAUGGCCUCCAAUUCGACUGAGUUGGAACAAGAAAGCAGAACUCUAUGAAGGCGAAGUGACCGAAGGUAAACGACUGUGCGUCCAGAUGAAUGUUAUGUUAGCGCUAGUGGGCGAUGUUGAUGGCGCACAUAUGGGUUUCUUAGUAGAUGAGACAUACUAG